CACCCGUACCCUUCAGAAGAACAGAAGAAGCAGUUGGCUCAGGACACUGGCCUCACUAUCCUGCAGGUCAAUAACUGGUUCAUUAAUGCUCGACGGCGCAUCGUGCAGCCCAUGAUUGACCAGUCGAACCGCUCAGGUCAGGGCACACCCUACAGUCCUGACGGGCAGCCAAUGGGAGGCUACAUCAUGGAGGGACAGCAGCACAUGGGGAUCCGCCCACCAGGUCUGCAGGGAAUGGCGUCUCUGGGUUCGGAGUACCCCGGGGGUGCGAUGGGGCUCGGCCUGGCCCAGCCUGGAUACCCCCCGGGCCCGCUGGCCCCCCACGCGGCCCCCUCCCUGCGGCACCCCCCCUCCCUGCACUCCUACCCCCCACCGCACCCCGCCAUGCUGCUGCAUGGCCCCCCCGGCGCACACGGAGCCCACCACGUGCUGUCAGCCGCGAGCCCGGGGGAGCAGCUGCUGGGGGGGCAGACCAUGGACAUCCACGCACACUAGAGACCCACACAGCCCUGCCUGUCUGUCUGGAGCUCCCACUGGAACUAGAGACCCACACAGCCCUGCCUGUCUGUCUGGAGCUCCCACUGGAACUAGAGACCCACACAGCCCUGCCUGUCUGUCUGGAGCUCCCACUGGAACUAGAGACCCACACAGCCCUGCCUGUCUGUCUGGAGCUCCCACUGGAACUAGAGACCCACACAGCCCUGCCUGUCUGUCUGGAGCUCCCACUGGAACUAGAGACCCACACAGCCCUGCCUGUCUCUCUGAAACUCCCACUGGAACUAGAGACCCACACAGCCCUGCCUGUCUCUCUGAAACUCCCAGUGGAACUAGAGACCCACACAGCCCUGCCUGUCCGUCUAGAGCUCCCACUGGAACUAGAGACCCACACAGCCCUGCCUGUCUCUCUGAAACUCCCACUGGAACUAGAGAUCCACACAGCCCUGCCUGUCCAUCUGGAGCUCCCACUGGAACUAGAGACCCACACAGCCCUGCCUGUCCAUCUGGAGCUCCCACUGGAACUAGAGACCCACACAGCCCUGCCUGUCUGUCUGGAGCUCCCACUGGAACUAGAGACCCACACAGCCCUGCCUGUCUCUCUGGAGCUCCCACUGGAACUAGAGACCCACACAGCCCUGCCUGUCCCUCUGGCCCUCCUAGGCAAGGACACACACGCAGGCACUAGAGACUCACACAGCCCUGUCCGUCCCUCCGACCAUCUGCAGCUACAGAUAUAAAGGGUGACGAGAAAAGACAAUGACAUAGCUGGAGUAACAACAGAAUAAUAGCGAACUACCUACAGCAACUACCUAAAGCCUUGUUAAUGCCCACGACGCAGAAUAUAAAUAAAUAAAUAAAUAAAUAACAAAAGCUUUACCGAGCCCUGCAGUUUGCAGCCCCUCAGGAACAGCGGUUCUAGAGUGCGCGUGAUCCGAGCUGCUCUAGAACCCACUUGUUGUUAGCAUUGCACGUUCUAGACUGCAGUCACAGGUGGAACUCCAGAGUCAGAGAGAGACAGAGGGAGAGAGAAAACUUCACACUCCACCACGAGGCAGCUCCUAAAGACUUCUUCAAACUUGUAAACGUUCCGGUUUCGGGGCAAGCGUCAUUUUGGAUUGGAUGCGGGUGUAGGGGGCUACUGGAUUCCUCCCCCCCCCCCAGCCUCCUUAAUAAAAGCCCCCUAAAGACUUGAACCCCUCCAGCCUCACAAGGCAGCUCUGCUCCAGCAGAACUCCCUGAGAAAGGCUGGCUCUUGUCUCUCACGCUGCGGUUAACCUGGCUGGUUGGAGGAAAUCAGACAACGAGAAAACUGUGGGGCAUCCUGUGGACGCCAGGGCGUGUGUGUGCCUCCGUCAAUUCCUGCUUUUGUUUAUUCCCCUCUUUUGCUGGGAAGCGGGAUAAAGACUCCCACCCGCCCACCCCAGAUAUACACCUAAAGAAAGAACGAAACAACGAAAAAGACGGAGAAGAGUUGGCUGGGCUCCAACCUUCACUUCUCUACUGGGCUUCAUUCACCUCCUUUAUUGAGUCCAAUCUUGCUGCGAGUAAAACCGAAUAGAUUUGUUUUAAUCGGAGAGACCAAAUCUUAAACCCUGGACUCAGAGACAUUGACAGGCACAGUGACCCAUCUCUUAAACCCUGGACUCAGAGACAUUGACAGGCACAGUGACCCAUCUCUUAAACCCUGGACUCAGAGACAUUGACAGGCACAGUGACCCAUCUCUUACACCCUGGACUCAGAGACAUUGACAGGCACAGUGACCCAUCUCUUACACCCUGGACUCAGAGACAUUGACAGGCACAGUGACCCAUCUCUUAAACCCUGGACUCAGAGACAUUGACAGGCACAGUGACCCAUCUCUUACACCCUGGACUCAGAGACAUUGACAGGCACAGUGACCCAUCUCUUAAACCCUGGACUCAGAGACAUUGACAGGCACAGUGACCCAUCUCUUACACCCUGGACUCAGAGACAUUGACAGGCACAGUGACCCAUCUCUUACACCCUGGACUCAGAGACA